AUGCCCAAGGAGCUGUUACGCAUGAUGUUGAGUACCCUGCCGAUUGCCACGCCAAUUCAGACACUUAAUGCGGUAGGACAACCCAUCCAUGGCCUGAUGAUGAGAAGCGCGAGAUCAAGAGAUUGGAACUUCUGUCUCGGGCUUGUCCACAAUGCGGAGACCGGAAUUGUUCAUGCGAUUGUCAACGGAAUGCAAGGGGAAGAAAUCGACCAGUUACUGACGUGCCUUCGAGAAUCGCGCUCAUGCCUGUCGGAGCCAAUGUUGCUGCCUAUUUUCCUGCUCGAGCUCAAAGUCCACUACUUCGCAGUCCUGCUUGAGAACCGAGCGGAAAGGAUCGAAGGAAUUGAGUUGGACACCGGAAUGAAGCACGAAUUCUCUCCAAAUGCAAAACGCAAAGACGCCAGACAUAGAGAAAGAGAGAAACUACUGAAGGAGCUUAAUUUUGACGAGAUCACUCAGAAAUUGACAGGCGGGACAGGCACUUUGUCGUUCUGCGACAUGACAUUUGCCUCUAGCUUGAGAGCGUUGGAGCUUGUCUGCUCGGUCAAGGAACGAAUUCGCUCUCUUCCAAAUCGCCGGCCAGAUAGAAUCAACGCAACCAAUACCAACGCCGUUGAUACAAGGCUUGCAUACCUUCGAGAGUUGAUCGUCUACAGCAUGAUCGGUCAGAAGGACAACAAGCUCAACAUCGAAACGGCAGCGGCGUCUCGAGAGAUUGCUGAAAUCAGUCUUCGCCACAACACUGCCAUGAAAGACAUGGCCGAAGACUCGCGAAACAUUGCAAUCCUCACCCGAAAAGACAGCACAGAUAUGCGUAUUAUCGCAGUCGUCACACUGUUAUUUCUACCCGGGACUUUCAUGGCGGCACUGUUCGAUGCCGGUUUCUUCAACUUCUCGCCAGGAGACUCUGACCAGGUCGUUUCCAAGUGGAUUUGGCUCUAUAUUGCCUUGACUGGUGCUGCCACUCUUGUCGUCUUUGGCGGCUGGUACCUGUUUUCACACAAACAGAAUAAGAAGAUAAUGAGGGUGGUGAACGCGGAUGCACGUUCUUCGUUGGGGAGCGAUCGUGACGACCUUGAGUCUGGCGUCACAGCCUUGACAACACCGCCAGCCACAGCGCCAUUGUGGACAGCACGCUCAAUGUCAACCGGGGAGAUGGAACUCGUCUCCUCUCUUGGACGCUCGGCAGAUGCUCUCAAAUAA